AUGUCUCUGUGGACGCCGUACGCCGACGACUCAGCGCUUGAUCUCACAGUGAAGUGCAAAUCUGAAAGGAUUUCUCCGGCUCCCUUCACUGACUUCCAAUAUCAGUAUCAGAGCACAACGGCGAGUGUCAAUCCUUAUCCCUACAUGGCUUAUCCUCAACCGAUGUACGUGCCAGUCGCCGAAUCUUCUCCGCUUUCAUCAUGCUCGGGAUACAUCCCUCAGCCAGCUGUAAGUCCUAUGAGAACAGGAGUCAUAUCACCUCCAGACUCGCCUGUAUCCGUCACUGAUAGGAAACGUCCUGCCUACAUGAUGGAUGUGGACUCUCUAUCAGACGAUCCCGACUUCCAAGCCUUCGAACGAGACGCCAUCAGGGCCAUGGCGGAGAAGAACGGAGGAACACUCCUCGGGAACAAUCCUCGUAUGAGACGAGCGGUGCAGACCACUCAGAACGCUGAUGACUCGUACAGAAAACAGAGGGAGAGAAAUAACUUCGCGGCGAAACAGAGUAGAGACAGGAGGAAGUUAAGAGAGAUUCAUCUCGCGUUAAAAGUUACGUACUUGAAGAACGAAGUCUCCAAACUCAAGUCUCUCCUUGCUACGAGCUCCUGUUCCAGAUGCCGCCAACCCUGCCUCUGCUAG